CCCAAAAAGCUCUGGCUUUGCUGCUUCCCGACGCGGCACUGGCGACUUACCCUAUCCAAAAUUACCCCUGCAAACUUCAAUCUCCUCCAGUCCAAAUUCCUCACGAGCAGAGCCGCCGCACAGAGCAGCCAUGGCGGCGGGACGAACCACUCCACGCCCGCGCCUCCCUGCCACUCCCCUCUCCCUCUAGCUUUCCUCCGCCCGACCCCCUCCACCACCGCGCGCCGCCCCUCCGCCCUCCGCCCGUCGUGCGCGGCCCUCCGCUGGACGCCCGUCGCGCGCCGCCCUCUGCCCGCCGUGAGCCGUGGCCGUGUGGCAAAGCUCCGGCACACCUCCACAAGAACCCUCCCUUGGUUUACUCACGUGCAUCUGUGACUGAGAUGGCUGUGGUAGCGACAGCAGCACCAGAGUGGGCCACCAAAGAGCCUUGCCUCAUGGGCAUCGACGAGGCUGGACGAGGCCCUGUGCUUGGUCCCAUGGUGUAUGGCUGCAUGUACUGUGCGCGUUCCUACCAGAACACUCUUGCCACCCUCAGUUUUGCAGAUUCGAAGACCUUGAAAGAGGAACAAAGGGAGGAGCUGUUUGAAAGUCUGAAGACGAAUAGCUCCAUUGGGUGGGAGGUUGAUGUCAUAUGCCCAAAAGUGCUAUCUGCCAAAAUGUUGAAAAGGACAAAAAUUAAUCUGAAUGAAAUAUCUCAUAACUCUGCAAUGGGUCUUGUUAAAAAAGCUCUUGACAUGGGAGUUCUGCUGGCGGAGGUCUAUGUCGACACAGUUGGAGAUCCUGAAAAGUAUAGGGUGAAACUUGCUGAAAAGUUUCCAGGCAUCAAAUUUGUGGUUGCCAAGAAAGCUGAUAGUCUUUACCCUGUUGUUAGCGGAGCAAGUAUAGUCGCAAAGGUCACAAGGGAUAGAGCUGUGCGGAACUGGGCAUUUGAUGAAACAGCUCAGAAUAUGCACAUGAACACUGGAUCAGGUUAUCCAGGAGACCCUAAUACUAUACAAUGGUUAAAAGACCAUAAGCAUCCAGUGUUUGGUUUCCCAACUUUGGUGCGUUUUAGCUGGGGAACUUGCACGCCAUACUUCAAGAAUGGAGUUGAAGUGACGUGGGAGUCUGACGAACUUGAUGAAGACGAAGCCAGCGGUGGAAGCGCCAAGCGGCAGGUAAAAUUGUCGAGUUUAGGCUUCACUGGGUUUAAAAGGAAGUCCGAGGAGAUCGAAUCGAGUGGAAAAGCCCGUUGUAAGUUCUUCCAGGCUCGUAAGCUCGAGCUGGUCAGGAAGUUUCAGUGAUGUGUACUAGCUGGGUAGCACUUUUAGAUCAAAAUUUAUUACUUGUUCAGGCUUGGGUAUGUUUAUUCUGCAUGGAUGAUUUCCAAGUCCAGUGAAUCGGGUGCUGCAGAUAUAAGCUGUACUGAGCCUGUGUGUCCUAGGACUGAAUCAGAUAGUUCAUGUGUCACGAAUUGAAGUGUUUGGUUAGGCUGUGACAGUGGAUCUUGAAAAAUCAGUACUGUCAGGCCUUGGCAAUCGAGUUUUAUUCAAAAC